AUGGUAAGGCAAUCAUUAGCAAAGCAAAUUGAUUUGAAUUCACAGAGUGAAGAGUUUGUUUGGAACAAAUGGGCAUCAGGUAAAAGCAAUAUGUUCGUAUGGCGAGCGAUUAACGACAAGAUACCAACGGCAAUAACAUUAAGGGAAAGAGGCUUGACGUUAACAGAUUACAAUUGUAGUUUGUGUGGUGAAGCGGAGGAAUCGGCAAACCAUGUUUUGUUACUAUGCAGUUUCGCGAAGCAAGUGUGGAAAUCAAUUCUGGAUUGGGUCAAGUGUCGAACAAUAAGUGUAGAAGGUUCCCUAAAACAACUGAUACCAGAUGUGAUUGAUUUGCAGAUUAGCCGAAGUAAGAGAAAGGCUAUACACGCAAUUGUUUUGCAAACAAUAUGGAGCCUAUGGAAUACCAGGAAUGAGAAAUUAUUUAGAGGCAAACCGGGAGUCAUCCAAAGAACGACGGAGGAUAUUAAAGAAGAAUCUUACCAAUACAUAAAACAAAGAUCAAAAUUCAACUCAAUUCAAAGGCAACAAUGGUGGGAUUUCAAUUUUGUUAUGUAA